AUGGAAACAGUAAAUGAAAGUUCAACAUUGAUGUUAAAUGCAGUCCAGUCUUCUUUUCCUUGGAAUGGUAGUAUAUUAGUGCAUUUACACUUUAGUAAAUUUAUGUUUAGGAGACAGCAUGGUGGAGUGGUUACCAGUCACCUGUGUUCAAAUCAUUGUUUAAUCACCAGCUGGGGUUGUUCUUGCUAUAAACCUAAUUUCUAUGCCUCUGCAAUCCUUUUAAAUACAAAGGAAGAUGGCCUUCUCUUACUUAAAUGGGGUGUGUUCGAUUGGCUGUAUAUUCAAGAAAAUGAGUAUUAAUAGAAUAAACUCAUCCACUGGGACUUUUGACUCUAUGUGAUUUCUUGGAAUUUUGUAUUGAUAUUGACAUUUCUUUAUAUGAAUAUUUUACUGAAGUUUUGUGUGUAGCUGUUAAUAAGAUUUCAAUAAAGUAUUUUGACAUAUUAAAAAAUAAAUAAAUAAACUCUUGACUAGAAAUAUCAUUAAUUUGUUUUGGCAUCCAUUAAAUUGUAAUCUCUAAAAAUCAAAUCAAAUGCACCUUUAAUAUGUUAAUUUAAACAUAUUUUUCUGUCCUUAUUGUGUGCCACAAAGUAAAAAAAAGUUGGUCACCAGAAAUUGCAAAAGUCGACAAUAUUAAAGCAUUAAUCAGUAUUUUUUCAACAGUCAUAUAAUGUAAUAAGUAACAAAAACAUUAAAAGUUUUCUCUAUCUAAAGGAUUAGGAGGUCUCUCUCCCGAUAAUCAAGUUGUUAUUGUUGGUGGAGUUUUAGCAGGCCUUGCUGCUUCAUUGUCGCUGUCUAAGGCUGGGUUUGAUGUGGUUCUGUUAGAGGCUGCUAACUACCUAGGUAGGUUGAUUGCUUUGACCUUUUCUGUGCUUUGAAUAUGCAGUAUUUUACUUAUACCAGUAAUACUGUGAGAAGUAAUUCCAGAAAGAGUUUGAAAUUAGUUUCCAAAGUAAGAUACCAUAAAUCCUCUAUUAAUCCCCCCUCUCAAAUAAGCCCCCUUUCUCUACUAAGCCCCUCCCUUUUUAGGGGAAGAAAAUUAAUAAGCCACCCCCCUCUCUUUUAAGCCUCCCCUCCCCUCCUAGCAAUGGGAGAAAUUUAUAUUUCUGAUGGGGUGCUUCUUAUAGGGCCUUACUUUUGAGAUAUAACUUAAUUAAGUAAUAACUCAGAAGUGCAAGGUUCGAGUUGGUGAGGGUUUGAGUUAUCGGGAGUCAACUGUAAGAACCACCUUAUCAAAAGCAUCCCCAUUAGAAACAUUGAUAAGAGUCAAAUGAUUUUAAAGUUUACCAGUGGCUGCUGGGAAUGGCUUUCAUAUUGUGCUAUUUUGCAUCAUUUUAUACAUUUUGAUGUCAUCACAGCAUUUGAAUCUGUGUUUAAAAUCAUUCAUCAUUCACAUGUCUUUUGGGGCUCAAUUGACCAUCGUAAAAUGGCGAGCCCGUCUCCAGUUGAAGACAUAAAAAUAGUGUCCCCUUAGAACUACCAUGCAAAACACACUGACACUCAAAUAAAGUGCUUUUUUUUGUGGUAUGAGCCACGUAGGCUGCCAUUGAUAUUUGGCACAAUAAAUGACCUUAACUGAGAUGUUAUAUUGUGUAAUUAUAUAUUUUAAUAGGUGGCAGAGUAAUGCAAGCACAGCCUUUCAAAGGUUUUGGCUAUUUUGAUCUUGGUGAAGAAUUUAUUCAUGGAUCAAACACUGUCGUUAAUAAGCUUGCUCUGGAUAAUGACUGGCUUAUCCUUCCUGUAAGUACAACAUGUGUACCAGUGACUCUUGCUGCCUCAAUUUCUCGAUGCCAUAACCUCACAGAGGGAGAUACCAGUGGUAGAUCUAGAAGAGGUGCCCCCAGGGGGGGUACUAGGGUAAAUUUUUUAUGGGUAUGUGCCGCUGGCCUCUCAGAGCCCCUACCCCAUUAUAGUCUAUUCUGUGAUCAAUAAUAGACCCCAUCUUAGUCACUUUUGGGCAAAUAUGUAAUUUUUGCGAUCCCAACUUAGACACUUUCUAUUUUUAUGAAUUGACCCAUUUUUUAAACUGAAUGAAGAACACUUCAAUUUUCACCUACAGUACAAACAUUCUGGUACGUUUGCCAACUGUAAAUGAAAUACUUUGUUACCCCAAAAAAUCCCAACCCCAUUCUAGUAACUCUAGUGAAAAUGUGACCCCAUUAGUCAAUCCAGUCAUGAAAAUGCGACCCCAUCCAGCGGCACAUCCCCAUUAGCCUCCCCCCCCACCCCCGGAGGUGCCCAGAUGAUUUGCCACCCCUUUUUUGGACCAAAAAAGGACCACAAAACCAGCUUAAUUAGGAGAUUUAUCUUCAAUAGCAGGCUCACCUUAUCCAGGGCUCUAAAUAACUUUUCCAUAUUAACCCUUUAAGCCCCAAGAUCUACAUACAAAUUCUCCAAACUGAUCUCCCUACAUUUGUUUUAAGAAUAGUUGAGAGAAUUUGGUUUAAGAUCAAAGUGUUCACCCUUUGAUAAUCAAUUUAGUACUUCUCAUAACCUUUACUCUUGAUGAUCUGCUGAUGAUGUUGGGAGAAAAUUGAUGUUGGUCACUCUUGGGACCUAAAGGGAUAAAGUGGAUGCCAAUGGUGAAAUAGGCCGCAAUGAUGAGGAAAGGGACUGUAAGGCCCCCUCUCCCUAAAAUCUUAACAGACAGCGGCAUCGGCACAACAUUGCAUGGACGGGAUGGGGGAGGGGAAGCUUCAUUUUUCAAAGUCUGUAAAACGUUAGAAAGGCCCUUUAGAGCAAAGUGUCUCAACUAAUUUUGUCGCCAAUUGCAGCUUUUUAACAUUGAAACCCUUGCCCUAUGUCAAGGCUUGGAUGAGUGCACCCUACCCUCCUCACCACCUCAAUCAGUGAUUUUGUUGCCUCUGUGUCCUGCGUUCCUGACACAUAAAAAUCCCCAAAUAUGCAAAGUAAUUCAUGAUAUAUGCAUCCUGUAGGACACAAAGAUCGAUCGAUUGAUCUGAACUUUUGUAUUUGUAUUUGUAUUUGUAGAAACAUCCCAUUCGUUAAAGUUAUAAAUGGCUGUUGUUAAACGAUGCAUAUUUCAUUUAGCCUUUGUCGUGCUUUAAAAUAGGACUACUAUAUUUUAAUUUCAGUGCACUGUAAUACAUAGUUUUGGGCUCUGUCUUCAGAUUAACUGUCUGAUUACAUAAAGGCCCAAGCAUUCAAUUUCGGACUCAUUGGUUCUGGACUGGGACUCAUGAUUUUUCACAAGAUGAGUCCCAGGACUCGCCAUAACUAUUUAUGACAAAAUCACUGCUCAAUGUCUGGAUAUAUGACAGUUGGUCCUCUUGUAUGAUAGUAGCAGAUAAGGCCAAAUAAAAACCCCCUUUGCCCCUUCCACCCCCCCCCCCCCAAAAAAACAAUCAAACAAACCAAAUCAAAACAAAAAAAGUCCUGUUUCACUGAAAGUCAAUAAAAAACACUAGAGUCACUAUAACACCAGACUUUUUAAAACAUUUAAAACAUCAAAGAGAGUUCAGAAAAUUUGUGAACAUGUCUUUAACCCAUUCGCCCUUGGGAAUUUUGCCAAGAAACGCGUUUUGAAGCUAGUCAAGCAGUUUUCUGGUCACUGUCUGGCUAUUAUUUAAGUGCUAAAACUUACCAAAAAGCCCUUUGAAGUUCAUUCACUUCGCAACCUUCUGUAUACCAAUAUGCAAAGUAAAAGCAAAAUGCUAUCUUCCUGUGUAGGAUCAGAUGGAAGGAAGUGCAGGUUGGUAGUGGAACAAGGCUUUCAUCGUAAUUUUCGGGUCAACUUUACAUCAGGGUUUUUUGCCUUUUCCUCGGGCCUCCUUGACUGAACAGUGCUCAUUCUGGUAUGGUUUGAAAUGAUCUCUUCAACCUGCACAAGUUAAUAGUGGACAAAUUUGACCGCCAAAACUGAUGACGUCACAAGUGACACAAGGGACGCAGUUACGGGCGGAACAGGGGCAAGUGGAUUAAUUAUUAAUUAUUUAUCUGUUGCAAUUUGUUUGGUAUAAAAUCAAUACCCUUGGUUAAUAAUCCUCAGAACACAAAUAUAACCCAGCUUAACCCUAUGAUGGUCACUAGCUAUCAUUUUAACGUAUCAAAUUCUACUUGAAAACCAUUUAUGUUCCUGAGCUGCAUUACGUUUUUCCUCUGAAUCUUGCAGGCAGCCCAUAGUGGAGAUGAAGAAGAAGGUGAAAAAAAUUACUACAAAGGGAAAUUUUACUCUCUGUCCAGCAACCAGCCAGAAAUUAAAGUCGCCAGAGAUACGUGGGAAGAAAUAAUCAGCAGUAGAUACAAUCACCAAGGUAAUGAGGAUGGCUCGCUGUCAGAUUCCCUGUAUGACAGGUUUCAAGACAAGGGAUUGUCGCAGGAUGUUUUGGACAUUAUUGACUACUGGAAACUAAGGAUUUCAGCUGGGUCUUUGAAACAUUAUGGAGUACGUGAAGGAAGAAGGAGAAUGGAAUCGAAAUUUGAGUGGGGUCUUGGAAAUUGCAGGUCAGCUCAGUACUUUGUAGGUCGUACAGUAUGAAUUGAUUGUAUGUCUUCGGACAAAGUAAUGGUGUACUGUGCAAGGUGGUCCUAACUUUAAUUUUGAAUUCAAGUAUGAACUCGUAAAGUGUGGCCAUUCACAUUAAAGCGUUUGAGCAAUGCUUUCCUGUGGUACUGUUUAUUGUGCUUCAAAAGGUGGUUUUGCUUUUGAGUUUGUGGAUGAAAUCCUAAAGUGUGACCAUUCAACUGAAAGCUUCUGAGUAUUCCUUUCCUGUGUUACUUUUUAUUAUGCUGCACAAGGUGGUUCUAAUUUUUGAGUUUGUUGAUGAAGUCCCUCUCGGGGAGCUUGUCCUUACUUUUUACCUGUGUUUGACACUUCAGACUUGCUGAAUCAUAUUCCCAACUGGUAAAGUAUUACUUAAAUAACACCAGAGAUGUGGAUAAACGACUCAACUGGCAAGUUAAGAAAAUCGUUUGGAAAGGUAAGGAGUAAACAGUCAUCUUUUAGAUAAGUAUACAGUAUGUAUGUUUGAUUCUGUAACUGUCAUUUACGUUAACUGUUCUUGCUAUGCUUGAAUGUACAAGGUGUGCAAUGUUAAAGUUCGCUUUAAGUUAAACUGCAGUGCAUCAGUUUACUUUCACGCACCCUCUCUCCUCCGCAGAGGCCUCUUUGUAUUGUGGGGAGGCUGGGGAGAAAGAAAAAGAGAGCGCGCGGGGCACGAUGGGAAGGGGGAAGAGAUUUGAUGGGGAUACCCAGUGGGAGCCUCUGCGGAGGAGAGAGUCACGCACCCGAAAGCGAGCGAGUAGCUCGAGUCUCUAUGUUCGACACACAUGCCUCUUCCGACUCUGUUUGUCUGUCAUCACACUUGUUUUAGAAGUCUGGCUUGAGGACCGUAUGCGUUCGAAUAAAAGACUUGUAUUGCAGUCUAAGGUGUUACUGCUAUUCUGAUUAAAAAUGAAGGAAGUAUUUCAGAAAAAAAGCUGUGAUGUCACAGAUGACAAUUUUUAAUAAUAAUAAUAAUAAUAAUAAUAAUAAUGAUAAUUAUAACAAUCUUUAUACAGGGAGCUCACUUCACAAAGAGUGAUAUUCAGUGACGCACUGUAAAACAAUGGAAAAAUAUAUGAUCUUAGAUAAAUGAAUACGUAAUAGUAAUGAUAAGUAAAAGUUAAGAGCAAAAACUUAACUAAUAUAAGCUACGGGUUAAAAAUGUUAAAAUGUCAGAUAGAUUAGAAUUAAAUAUUAAAAGUUAUAAAUAUCUAAAGUAUACAGCUUUUACUGCUGUGUUUAAAAAGAGGAAGAGGGUUAAUUUCUUUAAAAGAUGCGUCUAAAAAGUUCCAUUCCUUAGCGCAUUGUUGAAAAAAGUCUCUGCUUUCCGAAAUUCCUUUUAACGAGAAGAAGACGCAGUAUGUUUGUGUUAAAACCCUGCAACUUGAAAAGACGUUUUAGAAGACAGUUUAGACUCGUAGUAUUUCCAAAAAUUAAUAAUAAAAAAUUUGAGGUCGAGAAAUGGUAGUUUUAUAAAAGGUAAGGUCGUUUGAUUGUUUUCAUUUUUCCUCGUGUAACUAUUGCGGACUAAAGCCCAGUUCAUACGUCGUGCUUCUGCCAUGCCGCCUUAAUUUUUGAAUAAGUUUGACAAAAGCACUGUGGAAGCACGACGUUUGAAUUGGGCCUUAAUUUCGGCGGAAAAGUGAUCUAAAAUGUAUAACCGGUCUGGAAAACGCCGGUCAAAGGCUUAGUUUAGGAGUAACUGGCUCCCGGUCAGGGAAGUCUGGUUUAAAACGCUGACAUGACGGUGUAAAGUCGAUUUUCCAUGCAACGUUUUGUUUUGAAGCAUUUGCAACUCUCCGCUAAGAAGUAUUUAUUUUCACGUUCAGUGAGCACUAUUUUUUUUGCAGAUGAAGACAGCCACAUAUUAAAUGCAGGCGGAAGAAUUCUUUUGAAGAAUCAACACGGGGAAAUUAUAACCGCUAAAUACGUCGUCAUUACUGUCCCGCUUACAAUCCUCAAAGAUAGGGACAUCACUUUUGUUCCAGAACUUCCCGCUGACAAAAGCAGAGCCAUAAACAGGAUCCAGAUGCUGGGAGUGUGA